AGAUCUCCAUAAUCAGACCCUUAAAAGAUUCUUGUGAUGCAAUAAGUGACCAAAGCUGUGUUCAGAUGUCAGAGUUUUCAGACGACAAGGAGAAGGACAAUAUGGGACAAAGUGAGUUGAGUCAUUUAAAAAAAGAGUGAAGGUUUAAAAAAUAGCUAAUAGUCUGUGGUGAGAGGGAGGGAGGUGGGGGUCCAAAGGUGUACAAAGCUAUUCCCUGUGAAAAUUACUAUUAACCCUUUAAUUCCUAGGGGGUGACUGGCCUCUAAUUCCUCUUUACAUAGGGUCUCAAUGGUGUGAUGACUUUUACAGUUAACAGUUAAAAUUUUGUCAAUUUUAUGGCAAACUGUUUAUUUCUUUCUGUAAAGAUUUAAAGGAAACUUUUUAUGAUUAACUUUUUGUAUGAUCAUGGCUAAACUUUGUCAAUUUUUACACUAAGAGGGCUAAAUUUUUUUGCAGUUUUAAGGCUAAAAUUUAACCUUAUUGGAACCCUCCUUACAGUGUCACCUUGAAUCAAAUAUAAAGGUCAUGAGAAUAACAGAAGUGUUCACUGAUUUAAGAAACUCUUGAUUGUCAACUAAUUCUCCUUGUCAGCACCUUAGGAAAUGUACAGAGAACAGUAUGGAGAAUAUACAUAUGCAUGAAUAUGCAUGUUAGGUUGUAAAGGGUUAAGAGGAUAAUGUCUACAAAAAAACUCCACAGCUGGACAGUGGUUUACUCACUAGAUUUUUGAACCUUAUCAGGCUCCUUGUUGAAAUCUGCAGCAAUGGUCUUCUUGCUGUGUUCCAUUUGUUACUAUCUUGUUACUCGGGUGGAACUUUAACUUCAUUUUCAAAUCAAGCAAAGCAGCUAUAAUUCAUAUUCAGCAUUCUAUCUGCUGAUAACAGUUCCCCGUCACUUUCUCCAAACUUUUCUUGGUUUACAGAACCAUUCUUUGAAAUUUGCUUCAGCAGAUCUGGGUUCAAAAGGCAAUAAAAAGGAAGAUACUUUCCCAGAUACUCUAGAAGGAUUUGGAUACAAGUUUAAUGAAGGUUUGUGACAGAAAAAAAGAAUCUUGCAUAGAACACUGCCCUCUCAGUCAAUCGUAACAUAGCAAGUAUUGAGUUAUCGAACACAGCUGCUAUUAACUGCUGUCAAAGGUGAUCAGUUUGACUUGGGUUCUACAGGUUAGACUCAACCAAUUCUGGACUUAACAUAAGUAGCUCAAAGUACAGGUUGUCCUUAAAACUUUAACCACCAGAAGUGACGAACAUGUAACUCUUCCCCAAAAUAUCCACAUGUUAUCUAGCAAACAGGUAAUGAGAAUACUCAAACUUGUCAGGUUUUAAGUGAUCUAAUACUAAAUUCUGAAACUAAUUUACAAGGAAAUGUGUAGCAGCUAGCGAGGAUAAUGAACAAUCAGAUCUUGGGAGUUACAGAGGGUUAUAAGAAAUGUUGUCGCUGACUGUAACUGACAUUUUGGCAACCUGAAUCAUUGGUUGCCUAAAUGUCUGCUUGAUCGCUGUCACUGAUAACAGUCCCUUUCAAGACUGCACUCAUUCACUCACUCUCCUCAGCUGUCAUAAGAAAAUAUUAUACCAAGUUUGAAACCUUCGAAAGUACUGUUUUAUUGAGUUGUUCAGUAUAUAAAACAAUUUUAAUUUUGGUGUUGAAAAUAAUUGGGGAUUGCUUUAGUUUUGUUUUACUUGGCUCCAUGUUUAAUUCAUAAAAUUUGUACCACUUUCUCAACAAAUCAGAUUAAAAGGUAAAUUAACGCAAUUUUGACUUGGUCACCUGCGCUUUCCUGCACUAAUAUUGCGCAGUUUACUUGUUUUGAACUUUCCUUUGUUUUGAGUGACUGUUUUCCUUGUUAGCUAGGCUUUUUCUUUACACCACUCAAUUGAAAAAUGCUCUAUAAUUAUUUCAUUAUAAUUAUGUCUCUGCAGAAGGAAAGCUGAGAAACAUAGAGACGGAUGAACCCUUUAAGUUUGAAGUGAAAGAGGGUGAUAGGGCAUAUAACCAAAAACAUUAUGAGGCACUAGGAGAGGUAUGAUUUGUAGUCACUGUAACAUUUAACGUAUUGAUUAGAAUGUACUCACGACAAACCUUUAGUUUUAGAUGAUAUAUCAAGUAAGCUUUUUGUAGGUAUGUAUACAGUUUUUAUUGAGAUGUUUGCUAACGGCAAUGCUCCGAUCACACCUUUAUUUCCAUGUUGUCAUUUGGCAGAAAAGUAAUUUUCAAAUUGGUUGCCAGUAAAGACAUAUUGUGCAAUAUAUACACAACAGCGUUGUGUGAAAGCAUGUACUGGUAGUUGUCUGCAGACACCCUCUAUUCCAAGAUGCACACAGUUUUCCAAGAACGAAGUACGAGGAAAACUUUGAGCUACAAGGAACAGAUAAUGUGGAAGGACAAUGUACAAGUGCAAUUGAAUGCUCUGUGAAUCAUCUUUGAUGUGCUGCUAUAUUUCUCUACUUGGAAUAACUGUCAGCUACCAUCAGGACCAUUUGUAUAUUUUUUUUUACAAAAAAGUAUGAAUACUGCAAGCCUUUUUACUCACUGAUACCUUUUUUUAGGCCCAUGUAUACAUACAGUAUAUAUCUUGCUUCAUAUUUCUAGCUAUUAAUUUACCCAUGUGUGUGACCAUUGUUCUGAAAAAAAAGCUGUGAAGCUAUUUAUCUUGGUUAGACUUUUUCAAUCAAGUAAAAUCUAUGUUCAGUUUAUUGGCUAAAAAACUAUAGAGGUGUUAGUAAUUUUAAGUAAAUUUUUUUCAAUACUGAUUUAUUCAAUAGAUAUAAAUUUUUGUGUCUUUUUAGGUCAUCACUGAGUAUAUCUAUCAUUUACUGGAGGAAGUAGAACUAGAGAGAGUUACUGUUCCUGUAAGUGAGACUAAACCACAACAACAACAAUUUUGAUAUGUGUUUUUGGUAAGCUAUAAAAUUCACACUUUAGCAGGGGGUUUAUUAGAAAGGUAAAAAAAAGACAGAGUAAAUAGAAUUAAAUUAUCUUCUAAUCCAUUAUUUUUGUUUUAGGUUGAUGCCAAAGAUGAUGAAGUUAAAAGUUUCUUUUUCAUGAGUAAGAAUGCAAUGGAAAGUGACAAGCUGAUGAUCCUAAUUCACGGCAGUGGUGUGGUCAGAGCGGGACAGUGGGCAAGAAGGUACAACUUUUUUUUGUUUUUUAUUUGUACAGCAACUAAUUAGUAUUUUAUUUUUCUUUCCUCUUUUUCAGUUUGUUAGCUUGUUUGUUUUCUUUGGUUAGUUUCUUUGCUGUUUUGCUUUUAAUAUACAUGUACCAGGGUACCUCAUCUGUUUUUGUCCUCACCCAUUGUUAUGAUAGUUAAACAAACGUUUGGCCUCGUUUCUAAAGGCUUUUCUUUACUUCACAAAAUGUUUUGACUUUUAAUUGACGGGCAUAUACAUGUACCAGGGUACCUCAUCUGUUUUUGUCUUCACCCAUGUUUAGCUUUCUACACACUGUUUGAAUCUUCCCCUGAAGGAUUUCUUCCUCCAGGCAUACUUUCUUGCCGGUAAUUUUUAUGAUCUUCCUUGGUCUGUGGUAGGAUAGGGAUUUAUCAUAGAAUCACUUCAUCUUGAGCAAUAACAGUAAUUCAUUGAACUACUAAUUGUCAUGGUCUCUGUUUCUCUUAGAUUAAUCAUUAAUGAUGAUUUGGAGAGUGGAACGAUGUUGCCAUACAUCAAACGGGCCAUGCAGGUAAAACAUUUAAUGUUUAAAAUAUUUUUAGGGAGUGAAUGCAAGUACCUUUCAAAAUAUUGUAUGUUCUCUUGAAGGAAAACUCUAAUGGUGGAAUGAGUUGCUGUCAAAUUGGCUAGAAUUUCUUGUUUUAAUGAGAUUGUUUAGAAAAAUUGAGAAACAAGAACCAACUGCAAUGGAAAUUAGAAACAAAUGCAGGCAAAAUGGUUGCAUUUUCUUAAUGGGUGCCAAAAAAAUCAUACUUAUCAUCCUACAGUACCUGUUUGUUUGUGGGAGUCCUGGGGAGAUCAUGAGGAUAAUAGCGAUAACUGUAAUGCAUCAUGCAAUCCAACCUGGCAGCUUGAAACGUAUUUCAUUUUCAAAACAGCUGAUAUCUGUUUGGAUCAAUUCUCACUUGUCACAUGUCACACCAGUCUGAACAAAGCUUUUUGUUGGUGCCCAAGCAAAAAUCUGAGCACCAUUCUGAGACAGUCAGGCACUAGCUCCAAGGGUAGUCCAAGGGCACCACUUGGAACUUGUCUGAACACGUUUUUGUUGGUUCCUGUGCUUUCUUUCCAUGCUUCCCUGCCAUGCAGUCACUAAAAUGGCAUAAACAUAUUGCAAACUACAAAAAGAAUGUUGGGCACAAAGCUUUUUACGCAAGUGCUAAGAAGAAAUACUUGUUCCAGACCACCAGUGUGUCUAAACAAUGUCCUGUUUGGUCCCCAGACACAGUACCACUAAAUGGGUACCAAGUCUGAAUGGUGUCUUGGCCCUAAUAUGAAGUCAAACCUCUCAAUCCAUAUUGCAGGGAACAGGUGCUAACUUUUAGAGUACAACCCUGCCUACCCCCAUUUAAAGUACGUCUUUAGGUUGAUGAUGAAAUUAAUUCUCCUCUUUAUUGUUUUGUUUGUUUGUUUUGAAUAGGAAGGUUAUGGAGUUCUUAUCACAAAUGGAAAUGAAAACUAUGUGUGGUUAAACAGACAUAGAACAAUCAUCAGGGUAGGGUACCUACAAAUUACCUUAAUUUGACAGUCAAGGAAUUGUUUCACUGGAUAGUGAACCUGUUGAUUGUUAAUUUUAUUACCUGAGAAAUUCAAUAAUGCAACUUAGAGACUGUUAACUUUUACAGAGUUUAAUAUAUACUCCAUCUUUUUCCUAUUAAGGGCAGUGAAUCCCCAGAGAAGCACUUUUCCUAUGUAUGGGACAACUUCAUAUCAAAGGCUGCAGCUCAGACGAUAGUUGUUGUGGCCCACAGUUAUGGAGGAAUCGUCAUUGUGGAAGGGGUAAUUGAACACACUGAAUAUGUUGUUUGAAUUUUGUUCGAAUUUUUGUUUGAAUUGCUUGCAUAUGGUGAAACUUUGAGUGUUAAAUGAUAACACUAUGCAAUACAGGAUGUCCCAUUGAUACUUCCAAACCAAGAUGGAGUCAUUUUUUAUUCCUAAACUGUGAUUGGCUAAUUUGAUUUGUUUGAGUGAUAGUGGUAUCAGUAGUUGCAUUGUAAACUGGUUCAGGUCAAAUAUUUAAUAAACCUCUAUGCACUGUUCUUUUUUUCAGCUUCAAAAGUGUGAAGGUAUCAUGGAAAGGGUAAAAGCCAUUGCCUUUACAGACUCGGUGCACAGUCUGUCACACCAUAGGGCAGACAAGAAACUUAGAGCAUGGAUGAAAAAGGUACUGGGAACAGAUAUUGGUAUCGCAGAGGUCAUGGGUUCAAAUUGCAUACGGGCAUGAAUUUUUUUUUUCAGGCGUUAUUUUCACUACUACUUAUUAAGUAGUGUUCAUAACUGCAAGGAUCACUUCUGUAUUUGUUUCUUCAACUGCAGUUCACAUAUCAUAUGAUUUUCAUAUAUUUUCACUGAGAUACUGGGACGUUGUUGCUAGAGGAUUGUUAUGCACAGAUUGGUAGAUGCUGAUCAUAAGAAAUCAUGAGCCUGCAAAGGUUAAAAUUUAUGUACAAUCUAGACAGAUUUUUAACUCUUUUGAAUAAUUAUAGUGGCUGGUGCUUUAGAAUUGAGUAGUCAUUGAAACCACAAGCACUUGUUGCUUUUGGAGAAGUUUGCUAGUAUCUUUUUUUGUUUUUGUGCCAAAAAAGCUCUGACAGCCAGCAAACUUGGAUCAAUAUUUGUAUCUGGGCAACUGCCCACCUACCCCUCCCCUAACUCAACAACAGUCAAUUGACAACAAAUUAAGAUUAAUGUUGGGUUAGGGGAGGGGUAGGUGGGCAGCUGCUCAGAUACUGAUAUUGAUCCACAAACUUUGCUGUUUUCUUUGCAGUGUUUCUCUGGUUACUCAUCCACUUACUCGAGAUGCCUGGAAGAAAACUUAUUAAGAGCAUUAAACAUUAAACCCUAGAUAUAAAAAAACUCUUAAUUUGUGCAUGGUCUGCACCUUUUAUGCCCUAACACAUCCCAACAUAUCCACACAUUUCCCAAGAUGCUGAAAAGGAGAAUUUGUGUAACCCUUUAAAUCCUAACAGUGACUAGUAUCAAAUUUCUCCCUACAAUAUAACCCCUGAAUUACAUGUUAAGGUCAUGAGAAUAAAGGAAAUGAUCACAAAUGAAAGAAGCUUUUGAUUGGUAAACAAAUUCUCCUUGUCAGCAUCUUAGAAAAUGUGUUAAAAGCAGUAUGGAGAAUAUGCAUACUGAUUUUAGGGUGUAAAGGGUUAAAAAGCAAGAGCUUCUUCAAGUUGUGGUAGUUUUCGUUAUUCUCUUGACCUUAAUGUUUGAUGUGUUGGGGUGAUAUUCUUAGGAAAAAUUAGAUUCUAGUGACUCUUAGGGUUAACCCUCUAAGAGUGACAAGCAUCUAAUUUCCCUCCAAAGUAUCACCCCUGAAUCAAAACUUAAAGUCAUAAAAAUAAAGGAAACUAUUGCAAGGUCAAGAACUUCUUGAUUAACAUAUAGAUUUAGCCAAGCCUAAAAGCGGAGCUCGAAUUUUUUUUUCCUGCACGUCUCAAGGGCACAAUGCCUUGCCCCGGCUAGGACUAGAACCUGGGUUGUCCGACUCGGAGCCCAGUUUACUGACCACUGGACUACUGAACAAAGCCAUGGUGUUGGCGUGCCCGCGGUACAGUUGACCACACAUGUUAAAAGUAGCACCUUGUACGGUCGUACGAUCGUAUGGUCAUAUGGUUGUACAGUUGUACAUCCAAAUUUUUUCGGCUUGAUGGGUUACAACUAUUUUGUAUAAUUAUGGGGCUACACUCUGCAAGCUCUGCUAUUAGUCAGACAAAUUCUUGGUGUUAGUUGCCCUAAUUUCAAUUGUAAUCAUGAUAAUCACAACAUUUAAUUAUGAUUGCAUCAUAAUCACCCAGCAACCUUUAUGUAACCAGAAUAGUGGGAUACAACAAAUAGGAUCUUGAAAGUAUUAGUUUUGACAUUCAAUUUAAAAAGGUCUGAUGAGUCAUACAUUAAUGAAAGUUUGUUGUUGUUAUUGUUGUUGUAGCAUGCACGCAACUGGGUCUCUUCAGACCUCCCUCUGGAUACCAUCAUAGAUUACAAAGGUGCUGAUUGUGAGCUGGUCUCAGCUGGUGAGAAGAUAGAUAACUCUUUUUUCUCCCUCUACACCCUCUUCAGUAAAUUCCUCUUUCAAGGAUUAUAGGACAGGGUUUUUUACUUUUUCUCCUCUUGCACCAUGAGUCAAUUGUAAGCAUCUUCCAAUGGAGGCCGUCUACUACUGACACCUACACCACUCCCUGUAGGGACACCUGUUGCCUCUUCUGUUCCAUGCAGUGUUAACCUGCUAGAUGCCCAGGACACUGUGGCAGUGAAUAACACAGAGCAAGGCAGAGGGGAAGGGGUCACUGUAAUAGGAAGCAUUUAAAGUAGUUAAUUGUCUCAAAUAAAUAUCAAACAUAAUGGCAGAGUUUGUUAUUGAUCUCAAUUCAUGAACACACUUCAUUCAUAGAAAAUGAACAUCUGCACCAUUAACCUUUUAACCCCCCAAAAUAACUGGAUUCUAAUUUCUCUUUACAGUAUUGCACUUGAAUCAAAUUUAAGGACCAGGAGAUUAAAGGAAAUUAUCACCAAUUUAGGAAGCUUGUGAUUGUGAAACAAAUUCUCCUUGAAAGUAUUACAGAAAAUGUGAAUAGAACAGAGUGGAGAAUAGUUAGGGUGUAAUAGUUAAAAAAAACACAGUGAGGUUAAAAAAUUUCUUGUUCUGUGAUACACCUUUUGUAAAACUAUUUUGAUCUUCUUUCUGAGGAUGAUACUGAGUUAUUUUUGUUUACAACUUAGUAAAAAUAACUUUAUGAAGUGCCAUAAUAUUUCUUAGUUAUAGACUGGUAUGCAAUAACUUCUUUUCCAUUUAUUUUAGGUACAAUGAAACAUGAGGUCACUUCACAUGCAGCUUUUGAUUCAAUCUUUAAGUUCUUUGAUGAGAAGCUUAAAGCUUCAAAUCAGACUGAUAGCUCUGAAAAGCAGGGUGACACAUCAGUUGGUCAGACUCCAAUGGACAGUUGUGGAAGUCUGUCUGAUGAAGCUAAAAGCAAAAUGGAAAUCCCUGAAAAUGAAAAUGAUGGAGUAAGCUCAAGCAAAUUGAAUGAAAACUCCCAGACUCAAGCUGAUGCCUCAGAAGAGCAGGAAGAAGCCCCCAGCAAAAUGGAUGAUUCCUCCCCAGUUUUGGCAGAUGCUACACAAACUGAAGAAGAAACCUCCCAGACUCAGGUAGAUGUGUCACAAACCCAAAAGGUACCCUCAACCAAUGAGGAGAAUUCCUCUCACACUUUGGCAGAUGCCACACAAACUAAGGGAGAAACCUCCCAGACUCAGGCAGAUGUGUCUCAAACCCAAGAGGUACCCUCAACUAAGGAGGAGAAUUCCUCCCAGACUUUGGCAGAUGCCGCACAAACUGAAGAAGAAGCCUCCCAGACUCAGGCAGAUGUGUCACUAACUCAAGAGGAACCCUCAGGCAAUAAGGAGGAUUCCUCCCAAACCCAGACAGGGGAUACAAAGUCCCAGGCAGAUGAAACUCGCAUGGAAGUUGAUGCAGAUCAAAAUGAAACAGAAGUUUGAUGAAUAACAUUAUUUCUUCUGUGCAACAUUUGGUAAUAGUGACAUGCAAAACAAAUGUUAUAGGCAGGUGAAUCAUCCAGCUGGCAAUUCAAAACAUCGCAAUGUCUUGUUUUUCUCAUGUCUGCUUUGUUUUCUUAUGCACACUUGAGUUGUACAAUAUUAAAGCAAUAUUUUACCAUGACAUACUUUUAAAUCAUGGAAAAAUUUGAAUUUGGAAAAGUAAGGUUGACUGUAGCUUUGGAUGCUUUGCCCAUAGUGAUAGCCCACUAGAUUAUUUAAGAAAUCUCUUUAAAAGCUAUCACCAGGUGUUUUUUAAACUAAAGUACAUUUUUUUAACCUAAAUUAUUCAUUGAUGACCUUAGAUCAAGAGAAUUGCAUUACUAUUAACCCUUUGAUUCCCAAGAUUUCAUGAGUAUUUCUCCUUACUGUCUGCCAAACAAUUUAUGUGAUGUUAGUUUUGAGAAUUUGGAAUUGGAUCAACCAAUAAUCCCCUAAUUGAUAUUUUCUUUAUUCUCAUUACUAGUCUGCUUGAUAUCACAUUGAUAGUGUAAGGAGAAAUUCUGUCUAGGUCACUAGUGGGACUUAAUGGCUUUAAAAAAAUUUUAAGAGUAUUAUCAACAAUUAAUGGUAUAAACUUCAAAGUUCUUUGUGUCUGAAACAGGUGACUUUAGUUGACAUCUGAGUAUAGUCAAAUAAAUUGUGUAGAGCAUUUUGAUUUAAGUUGAAUGAGUGGUAUUAGUAAGCAAUAGAUAGCUUCACACAUAUAUUGGAAACUUUGACAAAGAGCUCCCAUAGUUAAUUACCCAUCAAUUAACUCACAAAAACUAUUAUGUUGUAUGUGCUAUGACACAAACUCUGAUAAGUGAUAAGUGCCACCCUAUUUGAUUAUCAGCGAUAAUGCUCUUCUUUUCCUUCUUCAAGCAUGACAUUAAAGAACAUGUAACAGUUUACAAAAUGUUUGUUGCUGUUUUGCAGAAUUUUAAGUCAUUCAAAUGUAUUACCACUUAUGAAAUGACACAUAGGAUAUACUUUUUUGUGUCUGCAAAAUAGCAUUGUAGCUAACCAGGGUAGGAGGAAAAAAACCUUAAAAUGUCAAAGCUUUAAAAGAGUACACACAGGGACACCAAAAAGUACAAUAAAUUUGAAAUAAGUAAAUUAGAAAUUGCAACCUGCAACAUACAAUAGAGGAGAAAUAAAGGAAAUGAAUUUUAAAAGUUAUGAUUUACUAAAUAUGUUGAUUUAACCCUUGAACUCCCAAGAUCUGAUUGUUAAUUCUCCCCUGUAGCUGCUACACAUUUCUUUGUAAAUUAGUUACAAGAACUUGGUGUUCAAGAUAGCAGCUUCUACCUGAUAAGUUUGAAUAUUCUCAUUACCUAUUUGCCAAAGAAUGUAUGGACAUUGUAGGGAGAAGUUUUAUGUUAAUCACUUCUGGGAGUUAAAGAGUUAAGUACGUGUGUCCACAUCUUCUUGAAUUAAAGUGUCCAGUAGC